AUGGUCAGUCACACGUCGCCGAAACUGAUUUCCCGGCCAUGCGAACUCCCAAACGUUGCAAUAGUUGCUGACUUCUGGCAGUCGGACUCACGACUAUACUCUUUCUCCCCGGAGACAAAGGAGAAGCUGCGCAAGUUCCGACUAGGCACAUCCAGGGCCAAGGAUGCGCAAGCUAUCAUCUAUAUUAUUGAUGCAAAGACCCAAGAGAUUCGGCCUCAAGAUGACGAGGUCUAUUCCAAGAUGGCCGAUCUAGCGGACGAUCUUCCCGAGUCCUCACCUAGAUUCAUCCUCCUCAGUUAUCCAUUGACGACGAAAGACGGCCGUCCCUCCGUUCCUUACGUCCUGCUAUAUUGGCUUCCGGAAAACUGCAACCCAAUGCAGCGGAUGUCGUAUGCCAACGCAGUGGAAUUGAUGCGCACCAGCGCCCAAGUCAACCGAGUCAUUGAAGUGGAGACGGACGACGAUAUUAUCGAUAUCAAGGACAAGUUGACCGGAUCGGACUAA